AUGAAGCUGUGCACAGGCCUCGUGUUCUGCUCCUUGGUCCUGGGGGUCAGCAGCCAGGGCUGGUUUUCAUUCCUCGGCGAGGCUUAUGGAGGGGCCAAAGACAUGUGGAGAGCCUACUCUGACAUGAGAGAAGCCAAUUACAGAAACUCAGACAAAUACUUCCACGCCCGGGGGAACUUUGACGCUGCUAAAAGGGGACCUGGGGGUGUAUGGGCUGCUGAAGUGCUCAGCGAUGCCAGAGAGGCUUCUCAGAGAGUCACUGACCUUUUUAAAUAUGGAGACAGUGGCCAUGGAGUGAAGGACUCGGAGGCCGAUCAGGAGGCCAACAGAUGGGGCCGGAGUGGCAACGACCCCAAUCGCUACAGACCUCCCGGCCUGCCGGACAAGUACUGA